AUGAUCAAAACGCUGGAUUCGGAUGCCACUUAUGAGAUUGCAAAACGAUCGCAUUGUUGGCUAAAACUUAAGAAGGAUUAUUUGGACACGAUUGGUGAUACUGUGGAUCUGGUAGUUAUUGGUGCCUAUUUUGGUACUGGUAGAAGAACGGGAGUCUACGGUGGCUAUCUGUUGGCGUGCUAUAAUCCGGAAAAUGAAGAGUAUGAGAGCAUUUGCAAGGCUCGCCCAUACUAUUCGUACGUGAGCUCGUUAAAGCCGGAUGUUUGGUUUGAUGCAGAAGUUGUGUGGGAGGUGAAAGCAGCUGAUCUAUCAAUUUCACCCAAACAUCUUGCCGCCAGAGGAAUCAUAGAUCCUGAGAAAGGAAUUUCAUUGCGGUUUCCUCGAUUUGUUCGAAGGCGAACGGACAAGAAGGCAGAUGAAGCUACUACAUCGGAACAGAUAGCGGAAAUGUAUAAAAGCCAGGAGCAGAUCAAAAAUGCUUUACCGGGAACGGCCGGCAAUGAGGAUAAUGAUGAUUUUUAUUAA